UUCAGGGCUUUCGGAUGUUACUUGGUCACUAUGUCAAGCAACACAGAUGUAUCUCUCUCUUCAUACGCUGAAGAUCAAGGGUUGAAAUUGGUACGAAAAGCCGAAGAGACGUCAUUUGUCCCCAUGGGAUGGGCUGGUUUCACAGCAAUUGUCGCAUGUGGAUCAUACAAAUUGAAGAGCAGAGGAAGUACUAAAAUGUCCCUUCACCUGAUCCACAUGUGUGUAGCAGCCCAGGGCUUUGUGGUGGGAGCAAUGACUGUUGGUGUGGGACAUUCCCUGUAUAAGGCGUUCUGGGCAGACCCUGAACCUGAGAAGAGAUGCUCUCUUGCUCUUAGUACUUGUUUCAGUUAGAUAUCUCAGUAGGGAGGCUAUAUGUUGAGAAUGACAAUAAAUUAUUUGAGUGAGUAAAAAUAAUUUGAUGGGACCAGGUGGUGGCACAUCUGGUUGAGCACACACGUUACAGUGCACAAAGAUCCGGGUUCCAGCCCACCUGCAGAGGGAAACCUUUGCAAGUGGUGAAGUGUCUCUGUCGGCCCGCAACCACGACACGGACACCAGAGUCUUCUUCCUCAAUUUUCCUUUAUUUCCUUCUUAUGGCCACCUUAAGUACCUUUCACUGUUACAUAGUCAGCCAAUGGGCAUUAAGCAAGCAUACAGCAUUCAUAGAUCAUGCAGCCUUCUACCAAUCAUAAAACAGUUCACGUGUACUGCACGCAGUCUGUGAAGUUGGAUUGUCCAACUUCCGCAAAGUUGUUUACCACUUUACUGGUUUAGCCACCACGUGGCCGGCGCCAUCUUGGGGGCGUGAUGUGCAGUGUCAUUAUGGCUCCAGAUAGUGAAGCAGGGCUGCAGGUGUCUCUCUCUCUUUCUCCCUCUCUAUCUCCCCUACCCUCUCGAUAUCUGGCUCUCUCUAUCCAAUAAAUAAAAACAAAAACAUUAAAAAAAAAUUGGAUGGUGGCGCACCUGUUUGAGCGCAGGUGUAACAAAGCUCAAGGACCUGGGUUCUAGUCCCCAGUCCCCACCUGCAGGGGCAAAGCUUUGUAAGUGGUGAAGCAGUACUGCAGGUGUCUCUCUUUGUCUCUCCCUAUCUCCCCCUUCCUUCUCGGUAUCCGGCUGUUUCUAUCCAAUCAAUAAAGAUAAAAAUUAAAUGAAA